AUGGCCACCACAGCCAGCCCCAUGGCUGUCACACCGCGGCCCUGGGCACACCGCGGUCCCCGUGGCCAUGACACCAGGCCCCGCCCGGGCCUCCUCCGUCGCCAUGGCAACACCAGGCCGGGCGGGCGACGCCGGCCUAAGAGCGGGCGCAGCGGCCCCGUCCCGUCCCCGUUGCAGCCCCCCCCUGCCCGUUACCUGCCAAUCAUUCGGGCCCGGUUACCGGCCACGGCGCCUCGUAUGGCGGAUCCGCACCCUCUCUUCGGUGAUACCAGCGCGGCGGGGGGCGGCGGGGCCCAACCGGGCCGGGGUUACGGGGCUCCCCCGGCCGCCGCCGCCGCCUCCCGGGACCCACCGGCCGCGGCCUUCCUGGGCGAGCCGGUGUCCAGCCUGGCCAUGGCCUACGGGAGCAGCUUGGCCAGCCAGGGCCGCGACAUCAUGGACCGUAACGUGAGUGGGGGGGGGACGCGACACGGGGGGGCUCCGUGGCCGGUUACCGGGACCCCUCACGGCCCUUUAACUCUCCGCCGCCUGUUGCUCGACCGGUUCAUCCCCGUGGGGCGGCUGAAGUAUUAUUUCGCCGUGGACACCGCGUACGUGGGGAGGAAACUGGGGCUUCUCAUCUUUCCCUUCGCGCAUCAGGACUGGCAGGUGCGGUACCGGCAGGACACCCCCGUCGCCCCCCGCUUCGACGUCAACGCCCCCGAUCUCUACAUCCCAACGAUGGCCUUCAUCACCUACAUCCUUGUCGCCUGCUUGGUGCUGGGCACCCAAAACAGGUUCUCCCCCGACAGCCUGGGCUUGCAGGCGAGCUCGGCGCUGGCCUGGCUCAUCGUGGAGGUUCUGGCCAUCCUCCUCAGCCUCUACCUCCUCGCCAUCAACACCAGCCUCACCACCAUCGACCUCAUCGCCUUCGGCGGCUACAAAUAUGUGGGGAUGAAUCUGGGCCUCAUCGCCGGGCUCGUUUUCGGCCGCAGCGCUUACUACGUGGUGCUGAGCUGGUGCUGCCUCAGCAUUUUCGUGUUUAUGAUCAAGACGCUGCGGCUGAAGCUGCUCUCGAAGGUGGUGUCCGAGGGGUUGCUGGUGCGAGGGUCCAAAAACCGGCUGCGGAUGUACCUGACCGUGGCCAUCGCCGCCGCCCAGCCCCUCCUCAUGUACUGGCUCACCUACCACCUGCUCAGGUGAGGGGGGGGGCCCCCAAACCCCCCCCGCUCCCCCAAACCCCCCCCCAAACCCCCCCAAACCCCCCCCGCCUUUACCCCCCUCCCCAACCCUCCCUUUGCCCGCAGCUGCUUCAAUAAACGCUGCCCGGGG